AUGUCGACCGACGCGGGCGCCCGUGCCUUUUUUGCGCACCCCUACUUUGCCGUCGUUGGCGCCAGCAACAACACGGCCAAGUUUGGACACAAGAUCUUUGCCUGGUACGCCGCCCGCGGCCUGCCGGCCACGCCCAUCAAUCCGACCACGGCCAACAUCGUCGUCGCCGGUCGCGACUAUCCGGUGCUGUCCGAUCUCGCUGCCCUGCCGCGGCCGCACGAGACGGCCGUGUCAGUGAUCACGCCACCGGCCGUCACGCUCGAGCUCUUGCGCGAAGCCCGCCGUCUCGGCAUCCCCGCCGUCUGGCUGCAGCCCGGCACCUUUGAUGACGCCGUCCUGGCGCUGGCCAGGUCUGCGGAUGACGCCGACGACAGCACUGCCCUGCAGACCGUCGUCGCCGGCGAGGGCGGCCGCGGCAGCGAGGGCUGGUGUGUGCUCGUCGAUGGCGACCAGGCACUGCGGGCCAACGGGAAGUUGUGA